UACAAAGCCACUUACUAGAAGAAUCUUGAGCACUUCUCAGAUAAAAAAACAGAGAGAGAGAGAGAGAGCUAGCUUUUUGUGAUCUUUGUUUCUUUGUCUCUUUGUCAUACAUUGUUCGGUUAAACAGCAUGGCACGUCUUGUGUUCUUGCUGGCAUGCGCUUUAGCUCUUCUGGCUACUUCACUCAGUUCUGCUGUUGUAGUGGAGCAUUCUUUUGAAGUGAAAGAUAUAACUAUCAAACGACUGUGCCAGAAUCAAGUCAUUACUACCGUAAAUGGAGGCUUACCAGGCCCAACAAUUCUAGUUCACGAGGAUGACACCCUUGUUGUUCAUGUCUUUAAUAAGUCUCCCCACAACGUUUCCAUUCAUUGGCAUGGAAUUUUUCAACGAUUGAGUGCUUGGGCAGAUGGACCUGAAUAUGCAACCCAAUGUCCAAUACGUCCAGGGAGUAGCUAUACUUAUAGAUUUCACAUCACAGGACAGGAAGGGACCCUUUGGUGGCAUGCACAUAGCCAAUGGCUUCGUGCAAAUGUUUAUGGGGCGUUAAUUAUUCGUCCAAGGGCUGGUCAUUCAUACCCAUUCUUAAAACCUUAUAGGGAAAUCCCAAUUCUUUUAGGAGAAUGGUGGAAUGCUAAUAUUAUUGACAUCGAAAACCAAGCAACUGCAAGCGGUGGUCCACCUAAUAGUUCCAAUGCUUUCACUAUCAAUGGCCAGCCUGGCGAUCUCUACACAUGCUCUUCAAAUAGCACAUAUAAAGUGAACGUGGUACAAGGAAAAACAUAUCUUCUACGCAUCAUCAACGGUGCAAUGAAUAACCAAUUCUUCUUCAAAGUAGCCAACCACAAAAUGACAGUUGUUGCCAUUGAUGCCAUUUACACUACACCGAUGGUCACCGACUUCAUUGUCAUUGCCCCUGGACAGACCAUUGACGCAUUACUUACUGCUGACCAACCACUAGCCUCUUAUUACAUGGCAGCACAUACCUAUAUUAGUUCAGAAGGCGUGCCUGAUACAACCACUACCACUACUGGGAUUAUUGUUUAUAAGAAAGCCAAGUCAUCAACCCCACAAUUGCCGACCCUACCAGCCUUCAAUGACACACCAGCAGCCCACAACUUUUAUACUAGUCUAACGACUCUUGUGAAUGCUCCUCACUGGGUUCCAGUCCCACUUGAAGUUGAUGAACACAUGUUUGUGACAAUAAACUUAGGCUUGAUCCCAUGUGAAGGUAAUGCUACUUGUCAAGGCCCACUUAAACAGCGAUUAGCUGCAAGCUUGAACAAUGCAUCAUUCCAGCUCCCCACCAAGUUGUCGAUGUUGCAAGCCUUCUUCAACAAUGUUGAUGGGUUCUACACCCCUGAUUUUCCCGACCAACCACCAAUGGUGUUUGAUUACACAAACUCAAACAACAACUUCAACAGGACAAUCAUAAUGACUUCAAAGUCAACCAAAGUGAAGAAACUUAAGUUCAAUGCAACUGUUGAGAUUGUGUUCCAAAACACAGCUUUAUUGGGUAUAGAGAACCAUCCUAUGCAUUUGCACGGAUUCAAUUUCCAUGUGUUGGCUCAAGGGUUUGGAAACUAUGACCCCGUAAAUGAUCCCAAAAAGUUCAAUCUCAUCAAUCCUCAAGCACGUAACACCAUCGGUGUGCCGGCCGGAGGAUGGGCUGUUGUUAGAUUUCGGGCAGACAAUCCGGGUGUAUGGUUGAUGCAUUGUCACAUGGAUAUACACGUGCCAUGGGGCCUGAUGACGGCUUUUGUGGUUGAGAACGGGCCAACACCAUCGACUAUUUUGCCUCCACCUCCACCAGAUUUACCCCAAUGUUAGGAGUUGUUCUACAUUGUAGUUAUUUUCUAAUAAUUUCUCAAUUAUUUUAUGUUCCUAUUCGUUACAACAACCAUGUAAUAUAGGUGAUCAAUAAUUUUUUUGUUUCAAUUGUAGUAAGUAUGCUUCUUUUCUUUUUUUUUUGGGUAGUAAAAUGAAUUUUGCUUAUCUGUGUAAUCUUGGCAAGUGAAACUUGCUUUGUUUAUGUGCACAACAAUGAUUGUGCUUUAUCUAAUAAA